AUGGAGGCGAAGCUGGGGUGGUGGGUGGACCACGCGCGCAAGGCCUUUGCCCGCAAGAAGCUGGACCAGGAGCAAGUGGACCAGCUGCAAUCCAUCCCGGGCAUGGCUCACCGCUUGCGCCGGCGAGUGAAGCCCUCGAACUGGGAGGAUGGCUAUGCCUCAGUGCAGGCCUGGGUGGCAGCUCAUGGACGCCUGCCGAAGUCCCAGGACAAUGAGAAACAGCUGGCAACAUGGCUCAGCAACUCAUGCGCGUCAGCUCGUCGUGGAGAGAUGCCACCCGAGCGCUUAGUGAAGCUGAAGCAAAUCCCGCAUUUGCGAGAACGGCUUAUCCAAUCCAACGGCUGUGGGCCUGGUGUUUGGCCGCAGCGGCUCCAGCUGUUGGGCCAUUGGCUGUCCACCAAGAAGCGCACCCCUUCGCUGCGCGGUGCCGGGGAGGAGCUGAAGCUGGCCAGAUGGCUGCACUGCAGCUUGGUGAACGCAGUGGACGGAGACUUACAACCAAAGAAGCUCUCAGAGUUGCAAGCUGCUCUGGGCGAUUUCUGGGAUGAUCUCUAUGAUCAGCGAGAUGCUCACGGGCCAUGUUCGCGGCUCCCUGAAGUUCCGUCGGCAUCGACGUGGAAGAGAGCGGCGGCUGAGCUGCGCUGCGACGCGAUGGCCAAGACGUUCCCGCGAUGCGACGUGAAGCUGAGCCUUGCGAGAGCCCUGACGACGGCGAACCGAGACGCAGAGGCGGGAGAGCCUGCAGUGCCAACUCAGGAGCAUCACGCUUUGCUGCGGGGGAGCGAGUUUCACACUGAGAAAGGAUUGGGCAUUCGACUCCGGGCCUCGGGCACGACGGUGGCUGAAUUGGAGAAGCGCGCAAGUUCCCGCUCCUUCCUGACGGAGGUGCAGGCACCGUCCGUUGGAUCCCUGGGCCAUCCAGAGUUGUGCCGGAAGCCGUGCAUUCUCCUGGCCCACGGGAAGUGCACGGAAGGUUCCAAGUGCAAGUUUUGCCACCACGCGCACCGCACCGGUGUGAAGUUUAACAAGGCGCAGCGCGAGAUUUUGAGGUCCUUGGGCGAGGCGGAGGCCCUCAAGCUGCUGCUGCCCUAUCUGCGAGUACGCGCCAAGAAGCUCCCGGAGGCGCAGGCGGAGCCUGUGAUUCAGGCGCUUGAGCAACGCCUACAGGAGCUACCGGAGGGGACACCGGUGCCAGCUAAUAGGGCUGCGCAGCUGUCCAAAACCUUGACCCAGAUGUCCUUCCGACGCCUGAUUCUGCUGUGCCGCAGCCAAGAGAUCAGCCGAGCCUUUGCUGAGCUUUUGCAAAUCUACGACGCCGACUUCUGA